GACCUAAAGAUUUUUGUGGUAGUAUUCCUUUCUGCGGAGAGUCGGGUGGACCUAAAGAUCUCUGUGAUAAUAUCCCGUGCUGUGGAGAGUCUGUAGGACCUAAAGAUCUCUGCGAUUGUAUCCCGUGCUGUGGAGAGUCUGUUGGACCUAAAGAUCUUUGUGAUUGUAUUAUGUGCUGAGGAAUAUUGGUUGGACCUAAAGAUCUCGGGGUGGGGUGUCUCUGUACGAUCUGCCGCUCCACCUUAAAUCCUUAGCAGUCAGUGCUACAGUGCCUAAGGUGGAGUGGAAGGGUUCAGUGCUGAGCUGUGGCUGCUGUGUCAGUGGGUGUGGGGGUGAGUGUGCGGAGGCUGCUGAGCUGGUAAAUGAGCUGAAAUGUUGGGUGUGUUUGGUUUCAGAGCCUCACUCUCUCUCCAAGGACUUCUCCAACGGUUACCUGCUGGGAGAAGUGCUGAGCAGGUACCAGCUGCAGCAGGACUUCCAGAGCUUCUCCACCAACAGCAUGGGUAAAGUGGUGAUGCAGGGCCAGCCAGGGGCAGCCACUCGCCUGCUUUACCAGAUCUACAUCCUUUUACAGAAGAAGAAAAGAUCAGGCGUGAUGGAGAUCAUGCAGCCCGCAGCCACUGCCAGACUGCACUGCAUAGAGAACCACAUCUCCACUCAGGGUGCAACAGUGUGUCAUUUCAGUCAGCAGUGGGGAGGAUCUCCUAUUUGCCUGUCCAUCUUCAUCCUCUUUCUGAACUGUUACCUCAGCACUGCCUCAUCUCUGCCCUUUACGGCUGCACCUCUCUUUACAGACAGACCCUUUGCAGUCAUAUGGAAUGCACCCACCCAUGUGUGCAAGAACCUCAACAUCUCUUUGGACCUUUCUGUAUUCCAAGCCGUAACCACCACAACAGGUGAACCUGAUCAGUUUCUUUUCCUCUUCUACACCAAUAAACUCGGACUGUAUCCAUACAUAGAUCCUACUACCAAGAAGGAGUACAACGGGGGUAUUCCCCAGAAGGGAAACCUAACUGCUCACCUGGAGAGAGCCUGGAAAGAUAUCAUCCAGUACCUUCCUGAGUUCAAACCUGGCUUGGCUGUGAUUGAUUGGGAAUCAUGGCGUCCACUGUGGGCAAGGAACUGGGACUCCAAAGACAUCUAUCGGAAGCAGUCCAUUCAAUAUGCUCAAGAAAAAGACCCAUCUCUGUCUGCUGCCAAUGCUGUUACUGUUGCCAAGGAAGAGUUUGAGAAAGCAGCCAGGUCAUACAUGAUGAAGACAAUGAAUCUGGGGAUCAGACAAUGUCCAAAGUACCUCUGGGGCUACUAUCUGUUUCCAAAUUGCUACAAUUACAAAUGGGAUGAGCCAGGGUACACAGGAGAAUGUCCAGCAGUGGAAAUAGCUCGUAACAAUGAGCUUCUUUGGCUGUGGGAGUCCAGUACAGCUUUUUUCCCUUCUGCAUACUUGCCACUCUCUCUGAAGGAAAGUCAUAAAGGAGCUCUCUUCAUCAGGGGUGUGGUAAAGGAAGCUGUGAGGGUGUCUGCUCUUCCAAACCUAAUCUACACAUCCCCUAUUUACGUCUAUCUGCGACCUCUUUUCCGUGAUCAGAACAAAGAAUACCUCAGUGAGGCAGAUCUAGUCAGGACUAUUGGGGAGAGUGCAGCUUUAGGUGCAUCAGGGGCAGUGCUCUGGGGUGCAUCUGCUGACUACAACAACAAGCCCUUAUGUCAAGCCCUGGCUGCCUACUUGCCAUCCACACUUAACCCUUAUGUAGUCAAUGUAACUGCAGCUGCGAAACUCUGCAGUGAUACUCUGUGCCAGAGCAACGGACGCUGUGUCCGCAAGAACUCCAACUCGGACGACUACCUCCACCUCCACCCAGAUCACUUCCAAAUUCAGGCGGAGAACGGGAAACGCCUAGCUAUUGGUGUACCUUCUCUAAGUGACCUUAAGUUCUUUGCAGACAAGUUUACCUGUCAGUGCUAUGUGGGGAAGGAUUGCUCUGCCAGCCUGUCCAUUUCACCUCCCCAAACUCCAGUAGUUAUUCAAGUGUGAUUUAAGCAACUAGAAAGUUUUCUGUAACAUAAUUAUGUUAUGCUAAUUUUAAACUUCAUUAAUACAUGAAAGAACAAAAUUUUUACUUUUUGAACAUUGUGGCCACAGGUGGGGCUGGGCAAAACAGUACAAGGCACUUUGAGAGUUAUUAAAUAACUCAAUCAGUGUGAAAAACAACAGUCAACUACAGCUGCCACACUUUGUGACAACAAAAAAAUAAAUAAUGUCUUUGUGGUUAAUCAGCUUAAUCUCAAACUAAAAUAUGAGGAGAAAACUAACCUUUAAAUUUUUAUCAUAUUAGAAUUGUUAUGUUUACUCAUUUGCCAAGUCUUCUUCUAUAAUGGAGCAAGGAAUAUAAAACCACUUCUUAAUACCAAAUCUCUCCAGAUUUUUCCUCUUCCAGGGUCCUAGAACCUCUCUUUUGAACACUUCUCUUCAGCUUGUUCAUCAGGUUUUCAUUGGGUUUAGGUCAGGGGACGCAGAUGGCCAUGGGUUUAGGUCAUGGGACGGAGAUGGCCAUGGGUUUAGGUCAUGGGACGGAGAUGGCCAUGGGUUUAGGUUCGGGGACUGAGGUGGCUCCAAAACAUCACAGAUCCUCCACCAUACUUAACAGUAGGAGUAAGGUUCUUUUCGUUUCAUGCCAAAGCCAUCUUAAAUGUUUGUUAUUUAAAAAGCUUGAUUUUUGUCUCCUUAGACCACAGAACCAAAGUUGCAUUCAAAGUUCCAUUUGAACUCCAGGAGCUUGUGUUUGUGUUCAGAUGAAAGAAAAGGCUUUAUUCUACUAAAUAGGUUGUUGGCAUGGAGGAAUUUUUGGAGACUCCAAAAUUCCAUAAUUACUUGCAAAUUUCCAAUCACAAUGCUUUAAAUUUUGGUUUCUCUAAUCAUUCUUCUCAAUGUGGGUAGGGGUAAGAUAAACAUACAUUCACUUUCAGGCAGGUUCACUACAGCAACACUUGGUUUAAAGUGUUGCUCUAACUGAGAAGCAGGAAGUGACAGAUGACCUUUUAAGAGUUCUUGAACACACAGGUAUUUCAUGAAGACAUUAAUGGUGUAUUUCAGUGCAGGUUAAAUGUCUCUCAGCCACUAGUUCCCUUCAGCACAAUCAUUAGCUAUACCACACUGAAGAGUUUUCAGACAAAUAGUCUGUUUAACUAUAUAGGUAGAAUGACUGAUUGAUUUAGGGCAGGGGUGUCCAGUCCUGGUCCUGGAGAUCCAGCCCCAAUCAAAAACACCUGACCCAGAUAAUGAAGGCCUUCAGGGGCAUCUGAAUAUUAGAGCAAGCAGUGUUUAAUCUGAACUCUCCAGGGUGGUGAAUCUCCUGGGCCAGGAGUGGACACCCCUGAUUCAGAGUUUUGAAGAUGUGUUUUUAAAUCUAGCAACAGCAAGAUAGCAAUCCUACUGAAGUCUAGUCUGGUUUCUGAAAGUAACUACACACACACACACACAUCAUCUAAACCGCUUAUCCUUCUGGGUCGCGGUGGGGUGCUGGAGCCUAUCCAUUGGGCAGAA